CGGAGGCUCUGGAUGCCUGCGGUCCUGCCUCAUUCUGCCGGUCAUCGGGGCUGGGAGCAAACAGAGAGAUGGGUCAGUGCCUGCUGUUGCUGCUGCUGGUCCUGUCCUCACAGCCGGGCUUCCUCCAAGCUCUACCAUGUUUCCAGUGUCCUCGAGUCAAUGCCAGUGGCGUGUGUGAGACUGGGGACAGUGUCUGCGAGGCUCGUGACAACCAGUGGUGCUUCCUGAGGAAGGUCUAUGAAGAUGACACCCUUUCAUACGGAUACCAAGGCUGUAGCAGUGUGUGUUUCCCUUUGAUGCUCUUUAAUCCAACUGUGACUUUGGAGGAGAAAUGUUGUGAUGACUCACCUUUCUGCAACAAGUUCUAAAGAUGGGGCCCGGCCCUGACCUGGUGGUAAAGCUGCCUCAACCUACCUUUCAACUCUCACGAGCUCUAAGGCUGCUGUGCACUGAAAACAGGUUCCCUACGAGGAGAAGUCACAAACGAGGUCUGCGCCAGGCCCACCCGCCUUUUCUCUUCCUCCUUGUGAGAUGCCACUGGGAUACUCUUUAAGAUCAGACUGGGGUUGGGGCUCCUGGGUGGCUCAUUCGGUUAAGCAUCUGACUUUGGCUCAGGUCAUGAUCUCACAGUUUGU